AUCGCCGAUAGCAUCGCUCGACGAAACGCGCUCAAUUGACAGGGCUGUCAGCUGAAGACAGCGGUGAAUGUGUGUGUCUGCAGCACGAGAGAAUUACGACAGAGGUAUCCGGAAGGCAGAGAAAGUCAAGCCACAAAGCUAAGAUGAAUCGUUUCAAGAUAUCAAAGUUCAAAAACACCACGCCGAAGAUACCAAAGAAAGACGGCUGGAUCGGUGGCGUUCGGGCAGGAUCUGUUGCCUCUCUGGGGAACCACAUCAAAUCGAGCUGUGGGUUCGUGGCCUUUGCGGCAGACCAGGCAGGUGCUGGGCUCCUGGGUUUGGCCUCUCUGGAGCCAGGGCCUGAUGGAAAGUGGACAGUGACCCAGAUGCCAUGUCAUGCUGACCUCGUGACUGAUUUUGACUUCUCUCCGUUCGAUGACUCCCUGCUGGCGACGUGCUCGGCCGAUGAGACCGUGAAGGUGUGGCGCCUGAGCGAGCCGCACUCAGAGCAGCCCCACUCGCCCUCCGUCACCCUGUCUCCGGGGGAGGGCCGCCUGGAGACCGUCCUCCACCACCCCACCUCCUCUGGCCUCCUUGCCGUCAGCUCCUCCCAGGGCGCUCAGGUGUGGGACACCAGCCGGGACACGCCCCUUGCAGUGCUGGAACUGCAUGCCGACCAGCUGUGGGGCCUGACCUGGAAGGAGGAUGGCUCUCUGAUGGCCACCUGCUGCAAGGACAAAAAGCUGCGUGUGUUUGAUCCCCGGGCUCAGCUGACGCCAGUUCAGAGCGCUGUGGCCUUUCAGACCAACAAGGAGUCUCGUGUUCUCUGGGUCAGGGACUCGGACUACAUCCUGACCACCGGCUUCAGUCAGGUGCGGGAGAGGGAGGUGAGGAUGUGGGACAGCAGGAAGCUGGGAUCCUCGGUCGGCUCCUCGUCUCUGGGGACUUCCAGCGGAAUCCUUAUCCCGCUGUUCGACCCUGACUCCGGAUUGCUGGUGAUGUCAGCAAAGGGGGACAGUGUCAUCGACUGCUUCGAGGUUUCGGCCGCUGAGCCCUUCCUCUCGCAAGUGAGCCAAUGUCUGACCGAGACAGCGACCCGCGGCGUCGCCAUGGUGCCCAAGCUGGCGCUUGACGUCGUGUCGUGCGAGGUGCUGCGGGUCCUGCAGCUCACCGACAGCUACAUUGUGCCGGUCAGCUACCACGUCCCCCGCAAGCCUGGGCAGGACUUCCACGCUGACCUGUACCCGGACACUGUAGGCCAGACGGCGGCUAUGACGGCUACAGAAUGGUGGGAAGGUGGCAGCACACCGGUCCAGAGGGUCAGCCUGCACCCGGCCAAGCGGCCACAGCCCAGGGCCCAGCCAGCCCAGCAGGGGGCGCCCAAGACAGCGCUGCCCCGGGGACGGAGCAGUGAGGAAGCCCCUCCCGGCUGUUCCACCUCCAGCAGCCCCUUGACCACACCCACCAGCAGUGCCGCACCCUCCCGUUCCCCUUCUUCCACCAGCGGCCUGUCCUCGGGAUUCCUGCCCAGCCCAAGCCAAAGCUCACGGGCCAUACAAAACAUGCUGGGCCCCAGCUCGAAAUUCCGCCACAUCCAGGGCAGCGUCCUGCACCGUGACACCCACAUCACCAACGUGCGGGGGCUCAACCUGACCACGCCCGGCGAGUCAGACGGCUUCUGCGCCAACCGGCAGCGGGUGGCCGUGCCCCUGGCCAUCGCGGGGGGGCAGAUCGCCGUGUUUGAGCUCUCUCGGCCUGGGAAACUUCCGGACACCACCUUGCCCACCAUCCAGAACACGGUCAAUGUGGCAGACCUGGCCUGGGACCCCUUCGACCCGCAGAGGCUGGCCGUGGCGGGUGACGAUGCCAAGAUCCGCAUCUGGCGGGUGCCAGCGGGCGGCCUCACUGAGACGCUGACGGAGCCAGAGUGUGUCCUGCAGGGGCACACGGAGAAGAUCUACUCCAUCAGCUUCCACCCCCAGGCUGUGGGCCUGCUGACGUCCUCCUCGUACGACAUGACCGUGCGCCUCUGGGACCUGCAGGCUGGGAAGGAAGUGAAGCUCUUGAAGGGGCACCAGGACCAGAUUUUUGGGAUGGCCUGGAGCCCAGACGGCUGCCUCCUGGCCACGGUCUGCAAAGAUGGGAAGGUGCGAGUGUAUGAUCCGCGCAAGUCUGCUGAGCCCGUCAAGGAUGGCCCUGGCCCAGAGGGCCCCCGGGGAGGCCGUGUGGUGUGGGUGUGCGGGGGCCAGUAUCUGCUGGUGUCUGGGUUUGACGGCCGCAGUGAGAGACAGCUUUACAUGUACUCCGCCCAGUCCCCGUCCUCGGGUCCCGUGGCCACAGCAUCCACCGAUGUGUCACCCUCCACGCUAAUUCCGUUCUAUGAUGCAGACACCAGCGUGCUCAUCAUCACUGGGAAGGGCGACACUCGCGUCUACAUCUACGAGAUCCUGUCAGAGCCUCCGUAUUUCCUCGAGUGUAGCAGCUUCAGUUCUACGGAGCCUCACAAGGGCUUCUCAUUCCUGCCCAAGACUGAGUGUGAGGUUCGCAGCGUCGAGAUCGCCCGGGCACUGAAGCUCAGCAAGACCAGCAUCGAACCCGUAGCUUUCAAGGUGCCCCGUGUCAAGAAAGAGUUCUUCCAGGACGACCUCUUCCCAGAGACGGCAGUUUGGUGGGAGUCAACAUUGACGGCCUCUUCUUGGCUAUCAGGGUCCAACGGACAGCACCGCAAGAUCGGUCUACGUCCCAAAGACAUGAUCCCUGGUGCGGCCCAAAAGCUUAAAUGGGGACUUGAACAAACAUCUCUAUCUGUAGCCAUUGUGCUGCGUCUUUGCCAUACCCAUGUUUAUUUAGUCUAAAAAGUCCAAGAUUGUACUAUAACAUUCUUUUAUGUGUACCUUUGAUCUUCCUGUACCCAUGUCCCCCUCUGUUCCUGUACCCGUCUCCCUGCUGU